AAAAGCAAAAAAGUCAAUUGAAAAUUUGAAUAGGCUGCAUUGCACAGCAAAACGCGUCACGAAAAAGUUUGGUUUGUGUAAUAUCUAUUGCAACAGUUGUUAUGGCUACGGGUUUCUCUUUUCUCAAAACAUUCUCUAGUGUACAAAAUCCUGAUGAAGAGCGCUUAUUGGCAUACUUCUUACUCGCUACACAUAGUUAAUAUGGGCUACAUGUGACCUAUUCAGGUCCAAGAACAGUCCCGGCUAAGAAGUUUCCCACGACCAUGAUAUGAAUACUUGGCUUGAUCUCACACUUCCUUUUCUCCUUUCUUUCGUCUUCUAUCAAGAAAAAUACAUCUAGCUUGCAAAGACGCGCGCCCUUUUUGUUCAAUAUUUAUCUUAAAGCUAUGUAUUUCAGGACAUUAAAGUCAUUUUCAUCCUCCGUCGUAUCUCCUUUGACACGGCCUUCCAACAGAAUAUUUCUCACGCCUCAACGUCUUUGCUUUCUCGGUCGUCGCGGCUUACAUUCAUCUUUUGGCUUGCAGGCAGUGAAGCCCUUUCUUUUGGCAGAUAUUGGUGAAGGAAUUACUGAAUGCGAAGUAAUUCAAUGGUUUGUUGAACCCGGCUCUACGGUUAGCGAGUUUGAUAGAAUUUGUGAAGUACAAUCAGAUAAAGCGUCUGUAGAAAUCUCAUCACGUUUUGCUGGCAAAAUCUUGAAGUUGCACUAUGGAUUAAAUGAUAUUGCCAAGGUUGGAUCACCAUUGGUUGACAUUGAAACAGAAGACGAUGAGCAAGAUGAUGCUGUAAUCAAACGUCCACUUGAUAAUGUGCCUGAAAUUGUACUUGAGAAAGCAGAAACGAAGGACAUAUUUCAAGAAAAUCAUAGUCACAAAGCAGAACAUGCUAAUGGAUCUGUUCUCGCUACGCCAGCUGUUAGGAAAUUGGCCAAGGAUAAAGGUAUUAAUAUCUCGCUGGUAAAAGGUACUGGUAAAGAAGGGAGAGUACUCAAAGAAGACAUUUUGUCAUUUGAAUCAACAAGCCAAACAGAUCAAGCUACUAAGAAAAUGAGUGAAAACCUUUCUGACAAGACCGAAUCCCUUAGUAUGAUCCAAAAGGCCAUGUACAAGUCUAUGACUCAAUCUUUGAGCAUUCCUCAAUUGGGAUAUAAAGAUGACAUUGAAUUAGAUGCUACUACCAAAUACAGAACAGCUCUUAAUCAACACAUUGCUAGUCACCCUGGACUUUAUCCUUAUAAGAAGAUGACUUAUUUGCCUAUUUUUGUGAAAUGUCUUUCAAUUGCACUAUCUCACUAUCCUAUCAUGAAUGCGAAGCUCUCUGGUGACCUUAAUGAUGUUAAUUCAAUUCGUAUCAACUAUCUGCCCUCUCAUAAUAUUGGUAUUGCUAUGGACACACCUCAAGGUCUAAUUGUUCCCAACAUCAAGAACGUUCAAGAUAAAACUAUUUUUGAAAUUGCUUCUGAAAUACACCGUCUAUCUGAACUAGGCAAAGCUAAUGCUAUUCCUCUUGCAGAUCUUAAGGGCGGUACAAUUACUUUGUCUAAUAUCGGUACAAUCGGCGGUACAUAUGCCAAUCCUGUCAUUGUUUCUUCCGAGUUGGCUAUUGUUGCAUUGGGAAAAAUGCAGAAGUUGCCUCGAUUUGAUGAGCAAGAGAAUGUUGUUGCAAAGCAAGUUAUGCCUGUUAGUUGGUCUGCUGAUCAUAGAAUUAUUGAUGGAGCUACAAUUGCUCGUUUUGGAAAUCACUGGAAGAACUUGAUCGAGAAUCCAGCUUUGUUAGCUAGUGAACUUCGUUAAAAAAGGAAGAGGAUUAAAUAGACAUUAUUUUCUUAAUAAACAAUUGGAAGAUUAAUAAAAAAAAACAAUAAAAAAGUGUGUACUGUUUCUUUGACUACUUUAUCAAAUGGAAUAUACUCUACAAUAAAAUGUUUCACCUUAAAAUAAAAAAAGCA